AGACGGCGGGAAGGCCUUUGAACUAGAUGAGUUCAUUGCACUUAAAAAACAGAAAAUAAAGCCGUAUUGCGCUACUUUCAUCACCAAUUAUAGGCAAUACUGAACGGCCUAUGUAUUUAAAUUAAUGGAAAUCGAAACAGCCCCAAUAGUAUUUGUGAGCAAAAGCUCAGUGGGUCAACAGUCUACUAAAAAUAAUAAUUCGGUAAUAACUGAAGAAGAUUUCUUAGAUGAGACAAGAUUUGAAAAGAGAGAUAUUCGAAUAGCUAGUGAUCCUGUUGGAUAUGGAUUUGUUAUUCGUGGUGACGGACCAUGCUAUGUCAAGGUCGUUGAUCCCACUGGGCCGGCUGCUUCUGCCGGUUUAAAGGAGGGACACUACAUAUACGCCGUAAAUUAUAAACCAGUGGUAAAAAUGCAUCAUAAAAAGUUGGCUCACGUUAUUUUAGCCAGCAACGGUUAUGUGAGGCUGACGGUCUAUGCUAAACGAGAAGCUGAUAGCUGAAUAUCUUUGAUAUCGCUAAUUCUUUGACUGUUUUGUUUAUUAUGCAAAAAGGUGGAUAUUUUCUAACGAUGAUUGCUUUAAUAUAUCAGUUUUUUAUUGAGUUUUUUUUUUAUUUCAUAAAUGAUUUUCAGUCUUUUAUAAGAUACUUGAAAUUUAUCUUGUUAUUUAAUAAAUUUUAAAUAUAUUCACUUGUUAUAA